GUCAGCGGCGGUUGGUCAGCGCGCGCGGCGGAGCCGUUACUGAGCGGAAGGGAAAGGGAGGGGAGGAAAGCGGGAGGCGGCGGCGGCGGCUUGUGAGCUCGGUGAAGGUGAAAUACAGCACUUCUUUCACUUAUUCUGCUGCACCCUAAGAGGCAAACAUUCAAAACUGACUUUAGGUCACGUAGAUCUAGAUUUUACAGCAGCCUUGUGCUGUUUCACAGCAAAAGGAUGAGCUUGAAAUCGGAACGCAGAGGAAUCCAUGUAGACCAGUCGGAGCUGCUGUGUAAGAAGGGAUGUGGUUACUAUGGAAAUCCUGCUUGGCAAGGCUUUUGUUCCAAGUGCUGGAGAGAGGAGUACAGCAAAGCCAGACAGCAGCAGAUUCAGGGAGACCGGGAGUUCGCUGAACGACUACAACGGGAGGAGGAAGCUGCUUAUGCAAGUAGCCAAGGAGCACCAUCCCUGACUUUUUCUAAGUUUGAGGAGAAGAAGACGAAUGAGACGAAAAGGAAAGUCCAAACCGUCAAGAAAUUCUUUAGUCCAUCAUCUCGAGGUGCACAGAAAAAAGUGGCUCAAGAGAAAGCUCUUAAGCAUGGAAUAGGUGGGAGGGAGCGCAAUGCGGAUAACAUUCUCAGGGACUUGAAGGAGAUUUUUACUCCGCCCUGGGAGCUGACUACUACUACUGAAGGUAAUGCAAGUAAGAUGAGAGAAGGCCAGGAGGUCAAAGCUCCAAGUCCGUCCAUAAGCAGGCAAGCCAGCCUAGAAACAGACCGCGUUUCUAAGGACUUUAUUGAUUUCCUCAAACCCUUCCGCAGGGCUGGCCAUGAAAUCCUGAAACAGUGCAGAGCAUUCAUUGAGUCCAUGAAUAAUAAAAAGGAAAUGAAUAUUGAGGAGCAGUCUGAGUAUGUGCAGGACUUCUAUCAGAAUAUAGUGGAUCGUCUGCAGACUCAAUCCACGUUUAAAGGUUCCUCUGAACGUAUAGAGAAUGUAAUGGAUCAGAUUGAAAAAUACAUCAUGACCCGGCUGUACAAACAUGUGUUUUGUCCCGAAACUACUGAUGAUGAGAAGAAAGAUCUUGCAAUCCAGAAAAGAAUUAGGGCAUUACACUGGGUGACUCCGGAAAUGCUUUGUGUCCCAGUGAAUGAAGACAUCCCUGAAGUUAAUGACUUGGUUGUAAAGGCAAUUACAGAUGUCAUAGAAGUGGACUCCAAACGGGUUCCACGUGAAAAGCUGGGUUGCGUUACCCAGUGUAGCAAGCAUAUCUUCAAUGCCAUCAAGAUCACCAAGAACGAACCUGCUUCCGCUGAUGACUUCUUGCCCACACUUAUCUACAUUGUUUUAAAGGCAAACCCGCCUCGUUUACAGUCAAACAUUCAGUACAUAACUCGGUUCUGCAAUCCGAGCAGGCUCAUGACUGGGGAAGAUGGAUAUUACUUCACUAAUUUAUGCUGUGCAGUUGCCUUUAUUGAAAAACUGGAUGCUCAGUCUCUGAACCUGACUGAGGAAGAUUUUGAUCGCUACAUGUCUGGCCAGUCAUCCCCCAAGAAGCAGGACUCUGACACGUCCCCGGGAUUCUCGCAAAUGUACAAAAACUUAAGCCUUAUUUCACAGCUGAACGAAAAACAGGAACAAAUUAUGUCAGGUACCAAGAAGCUGGAAAAAGACCUCAUCGAUUGGAGCGAAGGUGUAAGCAAAGAUGUCCAAGAUAUUAUCGAGAAGUAUCCACUCGAUAUCAAACCACGAAGCCAGCCAGUGGCUGCCAUCGAUUCUGACAAUGUAGAAAAUGAUAAGCUUCCACCGCCUAUUGAGCCACAAGUCUUUGCUAGCUGAAGAAAACAAAAUGGAAUUGAAUGGCAAGCCCGGGACAAUGUAAAGUUCUGAGGGUUGUUUAUUGUCCCCAGAAGCUGUUUGAUAGCUGUGGUUUGGUCACAGAGAGAAUGGUAGAGUUACUGUACUUCAGCUAAAGAUGAAGGGAAAUGGUUGAAGGUAAUAAGUAUAAUUCAACUGUAAGGUUCGAGCUGGGAUUCAUAGCAUAUUAAUAUAUACCCGUUUGGCAAAGUGAGGGUUGACCUGAGAUUUCCAAGGAACAAACUAAAAUCAUCCUCUGUCUAGUUUCAUUACUAUGCAUUUUCUUCUCAGAACAGGUGGUGAAACCCAUACUCACCAUUUUGUCUCCAACAUAGAAAGUGGAGCAGAAUUACAGAAUGCAUUUCCCCAUUAGGUACUCUUGUCAUGUUGUGCAAUAAACAUCUUAUAAAAUUAAUUUUCCAAGUCAGUUCAGUAACACUAAAUGGUAUGACGUGAGAUGAGAUUUUGAUUAGGAGUGGGGGGACGCAAAUACCUUUAAGAACUUUACAAAGUGAAUUUCACACCAAGUAAUGCACAACUGUUUGUUUGGAAUAGUUCAGAGAAGAUGCUUGAUUUUAAAUGACAACUGCAGAGACAGAUUCUUGUUACAAUAUGAAAUUAUUUAGCAAUAGUACCAAGUACACUCCUGCUUCCAUUAGCUAUGGAAUUUUCCAAAUUGUGCAAAUAAUAAUUGUAUAACUCGGUUUUCUACUUUAACUGCAAGCUUGGGAUCAGUCAUUAGAAGAGCUGUUUAUAAACCUACCCUCAUUUAGAUAAGUGAAAACAUGGCGUAAACCAACAUUGAUCAAAUGACACUUGUUCAUUUGAACUGGGAGAGUUAUCCAAGUAUUUGUUUAUAAACUUGUUUAUAAACUUGUAAAAAAAAAUAAUAAAACCCGGUAGACAAUUGUGCUGCUUCAUUAUAUUCUGCAUUAAGUAAGGCUCCACAACCCCAACAUUUGUGAUGUAUGCUACACUGAGCUUUGUGUCAUCUGUGAUGAAGAACUGUAUCGGUUGCUUUGUAUCAGUUUUGUUAAUUCUGCCAGCUUUCGUUUUUUUCUUAUAAAUACAGCGGUCGUCUUUCACAAAUUCCAUUUCGCAAAGGUUUCAAUUUCCAACUGGGCUUUCUAAAGUUGCAAGUACAUCUGUAAAGAGCAGUAAGCAGUGUGGUAUGGAUUUGCACUGACAAGUGCAUGAUGCCAGUUAAUAUACAGAAUAGACUCAGAUUUCAGAAUUUCCCACAGAGGCGUUUUAAACUUUCUUCCAUACUUACUCUGCAAAGCACCUCAACAGCUAUGAAAUAAUUUGUGAUAGCGGAUUAUGUGGAAGUUCAGUAACUUAGCUUUUUUUUACUGAUCUAACUAGCCUCCUAAUAUCAGGAUCUUAAUUGUAUUAUGCAUUCCAAUUUGAUUUGGUAAACAACUUUAUAACAAAGUUACUAACUCUUUGCCUGAUUGUUCAUAACUUAGAGAACUGAGCCAUCCGAAGUGCAAGACUUGGCGUGGUUUCUAUGUGAACGCCUUCCUUCGACACAGAUAUCCUAUAAAGUUGACAUUGUUUGUGUUGGUCAGACUUCCCUUGAACAGACAUUGAAUGAAAAUGUUAGCUUUUUGUGAUCACUCACUCCACUGUUGUAGCCCUGCCUGUCAGGGUGGGAAUUCAAAAGCACAUCCUCUUUAAGCAUCUCCACCAAGAAUCCUACGAUUCUGGUAAAUCAGUGCAAUUUGUUUGUGUGUACUUUUUGCUGUGUUUUUUAAAUAUAUAGGUUAUUAAAGUCUAUGAUGAGAUGAAAA